AUGAGGACCACGUCUUUGGUGUCAGUCCUUCCCUUCCUGACCAUGGUUCAGGCCACUGGCUUGUGGUGGGGUAGUGAUGAGUGUUACACUGCACCUGACACCAUCAACAAUGAGUGUACAGAAGAACAGCAGGCGGGCUUCAAUUGGGACAGUCUCGACAUUGGUGACUUCUCCUCGUACGGUGGCUUGGACUUCUCUGGUUUCGCCUGCAGCAGCGGCUUUGGUGGGCUGCGCACCCGGACGUUCAACGAAAAAUGUAUCACCGGAAAGGUUGGCAAGGCAUCAGCGGAGAAGACUUCGUCGGGCCCGUCUUUCUCCUGCGGUCAAGGUCAAUCUGGGUUCUCGAUUGAUAAAUUCCAUCUCUUCACCUCUAUAGAGGCUGACGUGACCAUCUCCUUUGGCAUGCCCGACGGGUCUACCUGUAAUAAGGUCUCCAAGUGUUCAUCCGCUGGUACGGAGGUCACGAAUGACCAAUGUGGUGGUGCCAUCUCCGUCGGCUUCGAGUUGCCAGACCACAAUGAACACGACGACUGUGACCUCGGUAUUGGAAGCAUUGGCUUUCUCUGUGGUCCAGGCAAGCCUACCUUCACUCCUCCAGCUGGAACCCCGUCGGAUACUCCUACUCCAGGCCUUCCAUCGUCCACUCCGGAAGCGCCUACAGGCACUCCUAUUGUCUCCACCCCUGUUGUUUCCGUUCCUACCCCCACUGGUUCGAGCCCCGUCACGUCUACUCCAGUAAUCCCUCCUACCACGUCCUACCCUCCGGGCAGCAGCUCCGUGCCGUCUACAAUCUCGACUGUGUACAGCACCAGCGAGGUUACUAUCACGCAGUGUGCACCCACUGUGACGAACUGCCCUGCGGAGUCCACGCAAGUGACCACCUCGACGAUCUUUGUGUCCACCACUUGGUGCCCCGUGACACCCACGGAUACUCCCUCGAUCCCAUCCGGCCCCGGCGAGAGCACUGAAGUCCCUCCACCGGUGGAAACCGAGUCAUCAGAUACUCCGGCUCCAUCCACCCCUGUUGCAACCACCCCUGCUCCAACAGAAACGCCUGAUGUUCCUGGAGCCACCACCCCGGUUAUCCCAACCAGCGUCGACGCAGGCUCAUCUUCCGUUCCUCCAUCAGGAGACAUGACCACUACGAUAAUCACUUACUCGACCGAGACCUACUGCCCGAUCACCGACACCGUUACUUCUGGCGAGUCCACGUUUACCACGGUCACCAGUGGCUGGUCUACCACCACCCUGACCAUGACGACAACUGUCUGCGGUGGUUGCAGUGUAACGGAUAUUCCUGUUCCAAGCCCGACUGAUACUCCCGUUGCGCCGACUGAUACUCCUGUUGCGCCGACUGACACUCCUGUUGCGCCGACUGACACUCCUGGUGUCCCAACCGGGGUCAACCCCACGACAACUCCAGUGGCGCCAGUCACAACCCCAGGAGCCUCGUCUCCCCCUGACCAGACUGUCACUGAGGUUACCUACGAAACUGUCACUACCUGCCCUGUCACCGACACCAUCACCACUGGUGGCUCUACAGUUGUUACUACAUACACAACCACCUCUACGGCCAUUCUCACUUCGUCUUCAACUAUCUCUGUGCCAGCCGCUACCAACCCAACCUCAACCCCAGAGGCACCGGUCCCGACAACCUCUUGCCCUAACGUCGUCCCCAAGUGUAUCAACACCUGGCUCAAUCUUAUCCCCGACUGCAAGUCCAACAGCGACAUCACCUGCUUCUGUCCCUCGUCCGAUUUCACCGACAAGGUCAUCUCGUGUAUCCAAGCCUGGGGAGCCUCCAGCGACGAAGUUCAGUCGGCUCUGUCUUACAUGGCUGGUAUUUGUGCCAACUAUGUUCCUGAGAACCCGGGUAUUAUCACAAACGUCCCCUCGACAAUUACCCUUACGCCUCCGGCAGCACCAACCCCCACAGACGUGAGCCCUGAGCAGACCGAGAGCCCUGCACCUACUGCACCUCCCUGCACUACAAUCACCUACUCGACCUUCACCGUCACCGUUCCCCAGGUCUCCUUCUCUACUGGAACCGUCACGGAAACAGCUGGUGCUGAAGCUGGAGGCAGCACCGGUGUCAGCCCCGCUACCGUCGACCUUAUCCCGCAGGCUCCUGCAGACACAACUCCAACCGGUUCAAGUGGAACUGGCUCAACAGCCAUCCCCAACCCCUGGACAACCCUCAGCACAGGCACUCCUUCCCCAACUUCAAGCCCCUCCCCCUCUCAACCACUAUUCACAGGCGCUGCCUCUUCUUUCCGCGCGCCCAUGACCUGGCUAAUGGCCUUGGCUGUGCCAGUGCUAGCUCUCUAA